UCGCAGGAGGAGCAGUCGCCUUGUUGUGGCUGCCCGAGAUGGAUCGCCUUGAGUCGGGACUGUGAGGGCCGGUCGGAAGAAGAAGAGGCGGCUGAGGAAAGAGAGAGGCGGACGGGCUCGGCGAUCCGAAGACGGGCAAACCCUGCCGCCAGGGCGGAACAAAAGCGGGGAGAAGGAGACGCACCGGAGCGCCCGCUCCGAUCCUCACCCGGCUUCGUUCCCCGCAUCUCCCGAUUGCUAUCCCCGUUGGAAGCCCGCCGCGGCUGUCCACCUUGUCCUCGGCGCCUGGAAAGCAGGCCGAUCUCCCGGGAAAAGCGAGCUCGACUUAACAUGCUACUGAUCUUCAUCCCAAGUUAUUGAAAAGACAUAAAAGAAGCACACUUGUUAGUAUCAACAUGGGAAAUACAACUACUAAGUUCCGCAAAGCACUUAUCAAUGGGGAUGAAAAUUUGGCCUGCCAAAUAUAUGAGAGCAACCCUCAAUUAAAAGAAUCUCUGGAUCCUAAUAUUUCUUAUGGAGAACCUUACCAGCACAAUACUCCAUUACAUUAUGCUGCUAGGCAUGGGAUGAAUCGAAUAUUGGGGACUUUUCUUUUUGUGAGAGAUGGGAACCCAAAUAAACGAAAUGUGCACAAUGAAACUUCUAUGCACUUGCUUUGUAUGGGACCUCAGAUUAUGAUUUCUGAUGGAGCUCUUCAACCUCGCUUGACAAGACCUUUUGAAGAUGAUUUCAGAAGAGCAGAUUGUCUACAGAUGAUUUUAAAAUGGAAAGGGGCAAAGCUUGAUCAAGGAGAAUAUGAAAGAGCUGCCAUUGAUGCUGUUGAUAACAAAAAAAAUACAUCUUUGCACUAUGCUGCUGCCUCAGGAAUGAAGACUUGUGUAGAGCUUCUUGUAAAACAUGGUGGAGACUUGUUUGCUGAAAAUGAAAAUAAAGAUACUCCCUGUGACUGUGCAGAGAAGCAGCACCACAAAGAGUUAGCUCUCAAUUUAGAAUCUCAGAUGGUGUUUUCACGAGAUCCUGAAGCUGAAAGUAUUGAAGCAGAAUAUGCUGCUUUAGAUAAAAAGGAGCCAUAUGAAGGACUACGACCUCAGGAUCUUCGAAAGCUCAAAGAUAUGCUGAUUGUAGAAUCUGCUGAUAUGCUGCAAGCACCAUUGUUUACUGCCGAAGCUUUGCUCCGAGCUCAUGAUUGGGACAGAGAAAAAUUACUUGAAGCUUGGAUGACAAAUCCAGAGAACUGCUGCCAGCGUUCAGGUGUUCAAAUGCCAACACCACCUCCAAGUGGAUAUAAUGCCUGGGAUACACUUCCUUCACCAAGAACUCCUCGGACUACUCGUUCUUCUAUCACUUCUCCAGAUGAAAUUAGCCUCUCACCAGGGGACAUUGAGACAACUAUGUGUGAAAUUUGUAUGUGUAAUAUUUCUAUCUUUGAAGAUCCAGUAGAUAUGCCUUGUGGGCAUGAGUUUUGUAGAGCAUGUUGGGAAGCAUUUUUGAAUAUGAAGAUUCAAGAGGGUGAAGCUCACAAUAUUUUUUGCCCAGCGUAUGAUUGCUUUCAACUUGUUCCAGUGGAGAUAAUAGAAAGUGUGGUUUCCAAGGAGAUGGAUAAACGCUACCUACAGUUUGAUAUUAAGGCCUUUGUUGAAAAUAAUCCUUCUAUUAAAUGGUGCCCUACACCAGCUUGUGAAAGAGCAGUCAGGCUAACAAGACAAGGAUCUAAUACAACCGGUUCAGAAACACUUAGUUUCCCAUUAUUAAGAGCCCCCGCUGUGGAUUGUGGGAAAGGACAUCUUUUCUGCUGGGAGUGUUUAGGUGAAGCCCAUGAACCUUGCGAUUGUGAAACUUGGAAAAAUUGGCUGCAGAAAAUAACAGAAAUGAAACCUGAAGAGCUUGUGGGAGUUAGUGAAGCUUAUGAAGAUGCUGCUAACUGCUUAUGGUUACUCACAAACUCCAAACCAUGUGCCAACUGUAAAUCUCCCAUUCAGAAAAAUGAAGGAUGCAACCACAUGCAGUGUGCAAAGUGCAAAUAUGAUUUCUGUUGGAUAUGCCUUGAAGAAUGGAAAAAACAUAGUUCUUCCACUGGAGGAUAUUAUAGAUGUACUCGCUAUGAAGUAAUUCAACACGUAGAAGAACAAUCUAAAGAAAUGACAGCAGAGGCUGAAAAGAAACACAAAAGAUUUCAAGAACUUGACAGAUUUAUGCACUAUUAUACAAGAUUUAAGAACCAUGAGCUCAGCUAUCAGUUGGAACAGCGCCUUCUCAAAACAGCCAAAGAAAAAAUGGAGCAGCUGAGUAGAGCCCUUGGUGGAUCAGAAGGAAGUUGUCCUGAUACCACAUUCAUUGAAGAUGCAGUACAAGAACUCCUCAAAACUCGACGGAUUCUGAAGUGUUCUUAUCCUUAUGGAUUCUUUCUAGAACCAAAAAGCACAAAGAAAGAAAUAUUUGAACUAAUGCAGACAGACCUUGAAAUGGUUACAGAAGAUCUUGCUCAGAAAGUGAACAGACCUUACCUUCGUACUCCCCGCCAUAAAAUCAUCCGGGCAGCUUGCCUUGUUCAACAGAAGAGGCAAGAGUUCUUAGCUUCUGUAGCCCGUGGAGUUGCUCCUGCUGAUUCUCCAGAAGCUCCAAGGCGCAGCUUUGCUGGUGGAACAUGGGAUUGGGAAUAUUUAGGAUUUGCAUCCCCUGAGGAAUAUGCUGAAUUUCAGUAUCGGAGGAGACACAGACAGCGCCGACGUGGAGAUAUGCAGAGUCUGCUGAGUAAUGCUCCAGAUCCUGAUGAUCCAAGUGAGAGUACACUAGAUACUCAAGAAGCCGGCAGUAACAGAAGACACGGUAAUUCCAUGGUGAGUUCAGCUUCCAUGAGUAUACUUCACAGCUCUUCUCUUCAUGACUAUACUCCUGUUAGUCGCUCUGAAAACCAGGAUUCUCUGCAGGCUCUGAGUUCCUUGGAUGAAGAUGAUCCAAACAUACUUCUUGCUAUUCAGUUAUCAUUGCAAGAAUCUGGCCUAGUUAUUGACGAUGAAACUAGAGACUUCCUGACUAAUGAAGCUUCAUUAGGAGCAAUAGGUACUUCUUUGCCUACAAGGUUAGACUCUGGCCCUGUAAAUGUAGAUAAUCCAAGAGCAGCUCUAAGUAGCACUGAACUUUUAGAACUUGGUGAUAGCCUGAUAAAAUUAAGUGCAGACAGUGAUCAGUUUUUGACAGACCAUCUUAGCUCUCGCACUUUCAAUAAUACAAGAAGUGGCUUAUAUUCAGCAUCUGGUGAAUCUGACUCAGGUAGCCAAGAUCUUAAUAUAAAUGAAAAUCUCCUUGGAAACAUAAUGGCUUGGUUCCAUGACAUGAAUCCUCAGAGUAUUGCACUCAUUCCUUCCGCAAUUACAGAAGCAGAUGAUGAUUCACAGCAACCCAGUACUGAAGAGAGGUUAAUGGAGCAGCCACAAGUAAGACAAGAUCUUCUAGAGGAAAAUGCACCUUCUGAAGAUGCAGUCAAAAAUGAAGGCAGAAGCACUCAAAGGGAAGAAGGUGCUACUGCUGCUGGAGACAUUAGUUAUGGAGAAACAGUUCCACAAAGCGAAGAGGCUUCUGGAGACACGAGCAGCCAAAUUGUAAAUUCAGAUGUUUCACGUCAGACAUCUAAAACUUCAGCUGAAUGGGCUGAACAUGUGCAUUUGGUGUAAUCACAAAAAGUCUGGGGGGAAAAAUGAAUAGUUUGUGGAGCCAAAAUGAUUAGGCAAUUAUCAGUGGUAUAAUAUAUAGUGGAAACUUUGACCAAUCCUAGCAGAGCUCAGUUGUUUACCCGAAUUGUAAAAAAUGGGAUAAAUAGAAAUUUCCUAGGUGUUCUUUAUGAAGCUUAUUUGAACCUUUCAGGGAAUUUCUAUUGCAUUGGACAGUAAAGCGGCUUGCUUGUUUGGAGGAAGUAGAAAGCUUGUACUCCAUGUUCCUAACACAAUACAUUAUCUAUUUAGCCUUAGGCUGAUGAUCCUUAACUGAAAGGGGAGAUUAAAGGCUUCCUUAGAGAGUCAUUUAAAACAUUUUCUCCUUUUUCUCUUAUUUGUCUUAUCCUUUAAGAAGGUUUAGCACUAAAAUUAUGUUUUGCUUUCCCCAAUUAAUCAGUAAUAGUAUGAACUGAGGUAAAGUGAACCUUUUCUAAUUAUACUUUUCAUGUUUAUGUACCAGUAUAAAUGUGCCAAACUGAGCAGCAAAUCAACAUAAAAAAUAUGCAGUAUUGGGUUUUUUAUGCUAACUCUUAUUUUUAAGGAUGUAAAGAAUACAUACAUAUGCACAAUGACAUGCACAUGUACACAUACACAUAUAUCUUUUUUUAAAUUUCACUCAUAUUUAUCACCAUUAUGAUUGCAUUAACAUAAUUUUAUUUUAAUUAAAUCUAAUUCUGCUAUUAAAGACAGUUAUUUUAAACAGCCAAGUUGGCUCAGUUGAAAAGACAUUUUAACAGAAGUGCAGUCUUUUCUAUUUAUUCUCUGCACUUUGAGUGCAGUUGCUUUGAGCAGUAACAUUUUACAAAACAACAAAGUCUGCAACUUUCUGAAGCUAGAGACAGUCUCCUUGCCCGCCCUCCCCCCCCCCAACCUAGGAAAGAUUAAUAAUAUCACAAACAUGUUACUGUGCCUUUGCCUAAGCUAAAUAGAUAGUUGACACAGUUAAAUGAAUAUUACUUAUCUGUUCUGGAGUAUACUAUGGUAUGCUAUGAACUGCAGAAACCUCCAUAAAACCACUCAUGGCCUUUCCUUUCCACUCAAUACCUAUAUAGGGUAUAAGCCUUCCCCAUACAGGUAUAGCAUGCACACCUAGAAGGAUCCCCAUAGGAUUCCAGAGAGCCUUAUUUUUUCUCCUUCUCUCCCUAUCCUAUCUUUGUCAGCAUGCAUUUGAGGGCAGUACAGCAUAUGUGAGUAUCUGUGUGUGCCUCUUAUAUCUCCAUCCAGCCUACUAGUUUCACUCUGUGAGGUUGUGUGAGCUUCAGCUGAAAAGAGAGGGGAAACACAGGAAUAAGAGAGUGUGUUUCCAACACACACACACUCUGCAAAGUGGGUGUCAAAUUCAGCUGUUCAGACAAAUUCCUUAUUUGCAGACACUAUAGCUGUGGUGGGAGUAUCAUACCUUAUAUGUCAACAUUUUUACAGAAAUAAUUAAACACUACAAUGUAUUCUUUUCAAUUGCACAAUAUUCAUUUAGUGUAUGAUUGGUGUUUCAUAUUUUGUAAAAAUAAUAAAAACAACCCCAAACCUUCGCUAAUGGUGUCCUACUGUGAAGAAAAGUUUUGUUGAAAUUGGCUUAAAAACAUCAAAACCUCAUUGUAAAUUAGUGAUGCAGAUUGUAACUUUAACUAGAAGUAAUUGUUUUAAAUUACUGUUUUGCUUGCAAAUAAUCAAAGUCUAGGUUAACAGAAGUAAAAUGAAUGAAAUACUCCAUUUCUUUUUUGUUUGACUUGAUAUGAAAGAUUGGUUACGUCUGAUACAAAAACUUGCUACUGAUUGUGUACAGUAAGGUAUUUUGAUGGCAGAAAAGGUAUAUAUAUUGAUUACUGUGUGUUACAAAAAAAAGUGUUAAAUCCUUCAUUUAAGCAUAACUGUUGGGAUCUUGCAAUCCCUGUGGCUCAUAAAAUUAAAUAUUAACUGUUUAAUCCAUUUAAAAAAAACUGUUUCUUGACAUUUAUUUGGAAGGAGUAGUCUGCUUCUCUGUUAUUAUAUGCUGUACAUCCAUUAUAUUUUUAGCUUGGCUUCUAAUUGCCCUGUCCUGAAAGUAUUGAUGUUGAAUCCCUUUUUCUAGCCUUGGAAAAUUAUCUCUUUAAAAAGCUAUUACAGAAUCCUUUUUAACUUAAAAUAGAUCUUGACACUAUCGUCACUAAUUGGUCUUACAUAUUUUAAAUACACAUACAGCUUCCUUGAAUUUUAAUUUCAAAAUAGAAUAUCACAUGGUUUUGUGUAUUGCAUUAAGAUGUCUUGCAAAGCUAAGAGAAGAUAUGUAUGAGUGCUUUCUGUGAUGAUAGUGAAGUUUGUGGGUUCUGGUUUUCUGUAACUUGGUUUAAAUUGUGAAGUAUACUCCAUUGUAAAAUUUAUUCUGAGCAUGAAAUUUAGCAUAUUAAAUUUGUAUUUUCUUGAUACUUAUUUAAAAUUUAAGACCAGCCCCCUAACUGAAUUUAGAAUUCUGAAAGAAAGUUUGGCAAGCCUAUUUUGUAAACCAAUUAAUUUUAUAAAGAAAAACAAAACUACUAUAAUCUUGAAAAUGGUAUUUGCACUUUCAUAGUAUAUACUUGAUACAUUCCCACUUUAUAUACAGUAGGAUAUUACAACCGUAUAGAUGUUUGGCCAAAUGAAUGCUAUUAAUAAUAUGUAAAAUUUUUGAUUAAACAUUUAUUACUUAAACUAA